AUGCUUCUAUUUUCUUUCUUUUUUUUAAAUGAUGUCACGAGGGAUGAUAUUAAAAGGUUUAAUCGUCUCCUUCUUUCUUUUCGUCGCUUUCUCCUUAAACUUCUGACUCAUUUUAAGCAAUUUCCCUCUUGUUUGAUCGUUUGUUUCUUUGAUUCAUUUUUUCUUCUUUCUUUUCUUCCACUUCUCAUCUUUUUUUUGUUUAACUGUCAUCUUCUUCCAUUUUUCUUCUCCUCCUACUCCGCUACCCACAAUGCUUUGCUUUAUUCGAAUUAUUUCUUCUUCUGCUUCUUCUUUUGGCAAUUUCCCUUUUCUUUGUUUCUUUCUUUGAUUUAUUCCUUCUUCUUCUUCUUCUUCUUCUUCCUUCUUCUUCUUCUUCUUCUUCUUCUUCUUCUUCUGUUUAAUCGUCUUCUUCCAAUUUUCUUCUUCUACUCCUCUCCCUCCAACUCUUUGCUUUAUUCGAAUUAUUUCUUCAACUUUUUUUUUCUUAUAGUUAAGAGUCCAUUUUCUCACUUUUAUUUAUUGAAAUUAAUUGUUUUCUUCGACUUCUUUUUCUCUUUCGUUUAUCAUAAUUCUUUCUUAAUUUCUCAACAUUUUCUUCUCUCUCUCUCUCGCCUUCUUCAGUUCCUCCCAUUUGACUUCGUUCUCAGUCUUCUUCUUUUUCAUCUUCUUUUUCUCGUUUUGAUCCCAUCUUCGUCUUGGAUUGUUCUUUUUUCUUCUUUCGCCCUUCAUUCGCCUCCCACUUCUUUUGCACAUUGUCUCCAUUCAUUUCUGCUUCCACAUUUCCAUCUUCUUUUCUCUUACUACCACUCAAUCUGCAGUCACCAUUUCUUUUUCUCCACCCUUUUUCGAUUUAUCCUCCUUCUACUUCUUCUUCAGCUUCUCACACUUUGCAUUUUCUUUCCCACUUUCCACGUAAGAGCUUCCUCCUGCUUCCUUUAUCUUUAUUUUUCCUUUAUGCUUUUCUCUCCAUUCUUUUUUUCUCUUAACCCUUUUCUUUCUGCUUCUGUCAAGCUGUCUUCUCCUUCUUCUUCUUCUUCUUCCUCUUCUUCUUCUUCUUCUACUUCUUCUUUUUCUUCUUCAAGCUCUCUCACAUCUUCUACUUCCUCUUCUCUCUUAGUUAUUCGUCCAUACUCUUUUCCAUUCCAGCUUCCUCUGAAUUCAAACCAUUUCUUCUUUACUUCCUUAAGUCUCUUCAUCUUCCCCAUCUUCUUCGCGAACUUCGCCUCUUCCUUUACGUUCUUCUUCUUCUUCUUCUGCUAUUUUAUUUUGACUCCUUAUCCUUAA